CUUCAAAAGGUGUUGCAGUCAUGAAGGAUAAACAGUUAACUGCUUCUAAGAAGCAGCAGCAAGAUGCAUCACGUAGGGAAGCCGCUGCUACAAAGAAAAUGCAAGAGCUUAUGCGCCAAUUUUCUGUAAUGUUCCGUCAGAUCACUAAGCAUGACUGGGCGUGGCCCUUUAUGGUUCCUGUAGAUGUUGAAGGUCUGGGAUUGCAUGACUAUUAUCAAGUCAUUGAGAAGCCCAUGGACCUUGGUACCAUAAAAAAUAGAAUGGAAACCAAGGAUGGUAGUGAGUAUAAGAAUGUCGGAGAGAUAUAUGCUGAUGUGAGGCUGGUUUUCAAGAAUGCAAUGAAAUAUAAUGAUGAAGGUGAGGAUGUCUAUGUGAUGGCCCAAUCGUUGUUGCAAAAUUUCGAAGAAAAAUGGCUAAAGCUUCUGCCUAAAGUUGUUGAAGAGGAAACAAGACGAGCAGACGAGGAAGCAGAGGCACGGCGAAACAUGCAACUAUCUCAGGAUGCUACAUUUGCCAGCACGGCUAAGGAUCUAAGCAAUGAGCUUUUUGAGAUUGAUGUGUAUUUGAGGAACCUCAGACAAACAGUGGUUCAGAAGUGCAGGAAAAUGUCUUCGGAUGAUAAAAGAAAACUCGGGACAGCUCUCUCGCAGUUAUCUGCCGAAGAUCUCAGCAAGGCUUUAGAAAUUGAUGCACAGAGUAACCCCAACUUCCAAGCAACUGCGCAAGAAGUGGAUCUUGACAUUGAUGCUCAGUACUUGGCGGCGAAAAGAAGGAGGGCAGAUUCGACCCUCCAGAACAUCGGCAAGCUUUACUCUGAUGUACCUCAUCCCCCCUCUCCCCUUUCGUCACCUCCGUCCGCUGGACCCCGCUCCCUCUCUGCCGCGAUCUCCUCUCCACCGAGCCCUCCAGCUCCCACCUCCUCCUCGCCGCAGGCGACCGCCAGGGCCGCAUCGCCCUCCUUGAUCUCCCACCUCAUGUAUUCCGCCAACGAUCAGCGCUCCCAGGCGGAGCUCCUCUUCCACCUCUGCAAGCUUGCCGUACUCUCCCCCAUCCCCGGCGCUCAGAUCCUUCAAGCCGUCUCUGCGGUUGGGCUGGAGCCACAUACGGGCUUGAGGUGGCUCAUCAAUACGGUGUUCACGGGCAAGCUGGUGUUGUUUCAAACGACAUGA